CACUGCGCCGACUGCGCGAUAUGUCAAAUCGUAAAGAUUGUGUAUAAAAAGAUGGAUGUUGAAAAGAAAGUGUGAAACGAUUAUAUUUAAAGAAUUUUAUACUUUAAAAUGAAUUCUAAAAAAGGAUUAAAAAGCGUUCAGAACUUUUAUGAUGAAGAGAAUGUAGGAAGGGAUAGUCCAGCAGCUUUGCUGGAUAUGUUAGCUGAAGUCGCAUCUCAAACUCUUCAUUCAGAAAAAGAGCAAAGUGGAAAGAUAUUAGUAAAUAAAAGCAAAACAAAAUCAGAAUGCUUAAAGCGAAAAAAUCAGGAUUUAACUUACACUGUCGUUCAAUUACUUUCAAUGCCAAUAACUCAAUUGGUUAAACAGUUUUCAAUAUUUACGAGUGAUGAAUUAAAAAGACAGUAUUCAUACGUUUGCGCUUUAAUGCCUAACUGUGAACAAAAGUAUACCAGUUUUGCUAGUGAAAGCAAGGCACGAAUGUCUAUAAAAGCCCACUUGGAGGAUCAUUUGGAAUAUUUAAAAACAAAUAAUGAAACUUGCACAACAUUCACAGCAAGUGCAAUAAAGAAAACAAAACUACAAAGCAAAAAAACAAAAGUGCCACGAACUAAGAAACCCCAAGAAUUGUUAAAUAAAGAGAACAAGGAUAUAAAAUCAGAAAAGCCCACAAAUUAUUUGCGAAAAAUUUUAACAGAUGAAAUAAAAUUUGUUCCAGAAGAAAGUAAAGGCAUUAUUGAUGAAGCGUUAAAUGAAGACGAUGUAAAAGUUUUGGGCGAUCACAGUUAUUAUGAAUCUACAAAAGAUAACGAAUUACUUGAAAUGUCAAACGACAAUAAUGAAAUUAUCCCUACAACUUGUAAUGAAAACAUCAUGUUAAUGGUGGUGCAAAGCGACGGUGUUCACAUGAAAGAAGUACCCUAUUUGUCUGAAAAGAACCAAGAUUUAAAUCAAGAACCAAUUUAUCUGCCAGAACCCGUUCAAACGGAGGAGGUUUAUGCGAGAAAUAUGGAAAGUCCUGCACCUGCAAAACCAAAAGGAAAAGCAAAGUUUAUUGGCACGAGUCGAGAGGAAAAGGAAAUGGCUCUGCUUUUAAUGGAUCGAAUAAAAAAGAAAGGAAAUCCAAGUGGAAAUAAUCUUCAAUGUCGAAUUUGUGAUCCGCCGAGAACUUUUACGGCGCCAACUACUCUAGUUUCUCAUUAUAGAAGUCAUGCGGGAAUUAAACCUUACGAGUGUAGAAUAUGUAGAUCUGUUUUUACACGGCGACAUAGUUUGAAAUAUCACAUGUUAAUUCAUCAGAAUCAAACGCGAUUCACUUGUGCCGAUUGUGGAAAGAAAUUCAGACAUCCUUCACAUUUCAGAGAGCACAGAAGAAGACAUACUGGCGAAGCACCUUUCGGCUGUGAGGAUUGUGGUCAAAGAUUUAAAACACGCAACACCUAUAAGCGUCAUUUGAAAACACGACAUGGGAAAGUUUUAACAACGUCAGGUGAGUUGCUUCAUCUUUCGGAGGAAGAUUUCCAGAAAGUUCGUACAAGUCGAAAAAAGAAAGCAACAGUUGAAACCAAUGUUAUUGAUGAAAAUUUAAUUGCGUCUGAAACAAUCUUACGACAGUAUGAUGAAUCCAACAGUGACGUUCACGAAAAUGAAAAUUAUAAUCAUCAACUCACAGCCAGUGACGAAGGGACUGUUUGGAUGGAAGAAAGCAAACAAGAGAAAUACGAUAAUUUCACGAUUACGAGUGAAAUUGAAGAAAUGGAGAAUAAUGAUGAUGAGGAGUCUCGCGUUUGUAAGACUGAUUUCUUUGAGACUGAAGACACUGAAAAUGAACAAUUUAAUUCUACACAUCAUCUACUUGACAGAAUCAGUCAACCAAUCAGCGAGGAAAAUUCAAUUGUUUUAGAUGAAACAGUUGAUGAAACAGAUUUGGAGUUUAUGAAAUCUAAUACUCAAAUUUUAUACGAAAAUAAUGAUAAUCAAGAAAUAUAUAACGUUGAUGAGUACGAAAAUGAAAAUAUUGCGGAAGAAAUCUUGGGAUAUGAGGAGCAAGUUUUGCAGGACAUUGAUGUAAUUCAUGAAGUUCAGAUAGAAAAUAAUUCUCACGACUUUGAUGAAUGUUCGACUUCUGUGAAUGUUUUUUGUGAUAAUGAAGAAGAAAAUGUCGAUACUAAUCCUUUCCAAGUUUUGAAAAUAAAAGAAAUUCCUUUUGAUGAAACUGAAGAAUUUGUGAAUGAAGAGAAUGAAAAUGAAGAAGAGGAAGAAGAAGAAGAAGAAGAAGCAGAAGAAAUUUUACCAGACGAUCCAAUAACGGACUACGAAAAUAAUUCAGAAGAUAUUAAAGACAUGGAAAUCAUAAAAGAAAAUGCGUUUAGUGAAAAAUGUUUUUUAAAUAAUGAAGAUGGUGAUGAUUUGAUUGAUGCUGAGACUAAACCUGUCUUUAAUUUGAAUUUAGAUCAGAAGGAAAAAGUUAUAGUCGAACCCUGUGGAAUUCCAAUUUCUCAUUUUCAAAGUCAGUCGGCCUUUCAUAUUACCAAGGAUGGAAAAAUGACCUUAUUUGGUAAACAAGCACAAACAAUUAAUUUAAUGCAAAAUGGAAGUGCAAUUCUCUUUCUGUCAAACGGGACAGAGUUGACUAAAAAUUUUUUGAAAAUUAAUCAAAAUGGAAUUCUUGUAAAGGAACUGAAAACAUUGCCUAUUGCUGCUGCUCCCGAUAAGUAGGUCUCGUCAUCUCGGCGUUAUUUAAUCUUUGAAAUGUUCAGAUAACACCAAAUUUUUCAUUCAUUCAUUUUUUUUUUUUUUUUUUUUUUUUUUGUGGUAAACUUGUGUCAAAUAAUAAAAUGUCAUCCUGAUAUAUGUGAUAGAAGUUAGUGAAAAUUUUUCUAGGAUGCUUACAAAAAAUUUGCAGAAAAUUUUUCUUAAAAAUAUUGAAAAAUUAAAAAAGAAAGUUAAUUUUUUUCUUCUUUCAAUUAAUUUUAACUUUAUCGUGAUAUUUUUCUGUUAAUUUGCCAUGAAAACUUAAUUUUCAUGACUAUUUUUUAUUUGCAACAAGUUUUCUGAAAGCUUUGUGAAAAGUGAUGUGCUAUAUAUUAAUUCUAGGAGGGAGAGAUUACUUUUUCAAGUUUAAUAUUCCUAAAAAUUUGUUCCAUUUAUUAUAGAAAUAUUAUUUUUUUAUCAAGAGCAAGAAAAAUAUUGGUAAUAUGUAUAUUAAAAUCUUCAAAAAUGAAUCUCUCUGUUUUUGUAGAAGUGAAGGUUUAACAUUUUUUUUUGUCUAAAUAAAACUUUAUAAAAGAAAGACUUUUGAGCAGAUCGCAAUGUAAGGUGUCUUUUUUCAUACUUUUAACAAGAUUUGAAUGUUCUCGGACAUUUCAAUUGUUAAAAUAUUGAUUUUUUGUUCCAUUAAAAUGAAGACAAACCCUUUCUUUUGUAUACCUAUCUAAAUAAUAUACGUAGACUUGAAAUAGUGCAUGUAAAUAUAAUAAUUUUCAAUACAUGUAAGUCUAAAAUAGAUUUUGUAAAAUGCAUUGGACACAUUUUCUAUAAUAUAAUAUAAAAAUACGAAAAA